CAGGUUCUCUCCCCAUCGCUAUAAGAACCGAAACUAGGGUUUUUAAAAUCCCCCUCCAAAGUUUGUGAAUUGGUGAAGCGGCUGCCUCAUCUCUCUCUCGCGACAGAGUUCAGGAUGGAUAGUCAGGUGAAGCUUGCAACUGUGGUGAAGGUGAUGGGUCGAACAGGUUCCAGAGGGCAGGUUACCCAGGUGAGGGUCAAGUUUGUGGAUGACCCAAAUCGGCUCAUUAUGAGGAACGUGAAGGGACCUGUCAGGGAAGGAGACAUGCUCACCCUGCUCGAGUCUGAAAGGGAAGCUAGGAGGUUGCGUUGAGUGCUUGUUCAAUUCAACAGUGUUGUUGUUUGAUUUGUUUUUUGUGUCUUAUUUUUGGCUA